CCGCCCAAACACCACACGCGGCGGCCGCCGAGCACCGACCCGCCCCUCAGCUGCUGUGAGCCGCCGUCGGCACACCUCUUUCCGCCGGAGUGACGCAUGCGUGCUAGGAGACGGAGUACCCAGAGGAUAACGUCUAUCAUGCUGCGGUUUGGCCAGCACCUCAUCAAGCCCUCCGUGGUCUUCCUGAAGACCGAGCUUUCCUUUGCUCUCGUGAACCGCAAGCCGGUGGUCCCGGGCCAUGUUCUCGUUUGCCCUCUGCGGCCGGCGGAGCGUUUCCGUGACCUGUGUCCUGAGGAGGUGGCUGAUUUAUUUCGUACGGCUCAAAGGGUUGGCAAUGCAGUGGAGAAACACUUCUGUGCCACCUCGCUCACCAUCACAAUUCAGGAUGGCCCUGAAGCUGGACAAACGGUGAAGCAUGUUCAUGUCCAUGUCCUUCCAAGGAGGUCAGGAGACUUCAGCAGGAAUGAUGAUGUCUACAAAGAGAGAAAAUUUGUGGGAAUUUCAUGGGGUCAUUCCUGCAAGGACUGGGUGCCCAGAUCACACAGCCUCUGAGCCCUGGAGAAGCUCCCUACAUUAGCCUAAGCACAAGAGCAGAGUGCUGUGGAUCAUGUACUUCUGAUAUGUAAGAAUCAAAAAGGACAUCAUCGUUACAAUUCAUACUGGUGUCCUGUGUCAGCUUGCAGCACAAAGGGAACCUGUGAAAAAUAAAGUGCAGCCAAUCCCUAGCAGAAUGAAUAUUUUCCUGUUAUAUGAACUUUUCAUGAUGAAAUGGUCUCAUCUCUGUGGAAAAAUCAUUGUAUUGCCCCAGCCGUUGUCAAUAACUUUUAUGCAUUGACUGCUUUUUCUGCUAGACAAUAUUUACACUUCUCCACUCAGCCGAUUGAUCUUCAUUUUCACAGGGAAUUUUUUGGGGGUAAAAUAUAACCAGUUUUUUUAAAAAAGGUAAACAACCCAGAAUUGCACUCGAGGGAAGAUAUACAUUGUAGGCUUAGUGACAACUUAAUGGCUUGUAGUAUAUCAGAUGUCUUCUAUGCUGCCAUCUUCUUGGGGAAAGUAUUUCUGUACAAUGUGUAAACCUAUGCACAUAGAAAACUAUACACACUCCUUCAUUUUUUCCUCUCUCAGGUGUAAGCAUUCUUGGCACUGGCAGAAUAUGUUUAGUGCUGUACAGGAGCAGUACCAUUCUUCUUCUGCAGGAAAUGGAAGAAAACUUUAACUCUUAUUUCUUAAAAAUUCCCAGCAAGCCUGUAUAUUAACUGUCUUUUCACUGAAUAGUGCUUGCUUGUUUCAUAGGAAAUGCAUUAUUUCAUUGAUUUAGUUUCUAUUUUAUAUGCUAGAGAAAUAAAAUUUCCAUAUAGAAAAGCAUACACAAAGGAUAUGACCUUUUAAGUUUAGCAGAGAAAAUAACUGAAUGCAAUGUAAUUAAUAUGCCAUAUAAAUGCCAACAACAACAUUAAUGCGCCAUAAAACCAGCACUGUUAAAAUGAUAUAGUCUGGAAAUGAAAAAGUUAAGUUUCUCUUGGCUUCAUUAAUUUGCUCACGUUCUGUUUCUAUGAAAGAAGCAACAUGCUCCCUAUCUAAACCGGGAGAAUAGAGAUGCAGGCAGAAUACGUUCUUCUGUUAGGAGGAAGCUGGUUCUUGCUUAAGGCUUGACUAAACUGAAAGGUGUCAACCAUACUUCUGCCAUAGCAUAAUGCUUCCACUGCUUGUGUCCUUAAUUGUUUUCCUAAAGCCUGACAAAUGCUUCAGAUUCAAAGCCCAUCCACGCCUGUAGAUAUAUUGUUAGCUCUCUGUAAUAUAGUUGUAUUGCUGUAGUUGUACUAUUAUACUGUAGCUCUUUCUUCUCUAAAUACUUCUUCUAAAAUAGUCUUCUCGUGCAGAGAAUGUCAGUGUCCUGG